UUCCUCAGUACUUAGAAAAUAGUAAGGGGACGUACUUGCUGUGACUAACAGAUACUAUAUAAACCAAUGUGUUCUGGUUACUCUGAAAUUGGGAGUUGGGCUAUUUGGAAGAGUGCAGCUCGGGGGAAGAUCUCUGAUAACAUGGAAGUGAAGUCAAACAGAAUAGUGUUCAUCCGUCUUCCAAAGAAUCAAAUGGCUGCUUUGGCUAAAAAUUAUGAACUGGACCAUGGGUUGAUGAUCAUAGAAUUGAACCCCUACAUAAAUGCAGGAUAUGUACAAGCUUACUUUAAAGAAUGGGGAGUCGUCACAGCAUGCAAGGUUAAUAAGAGCACCAAUGGCAAGGACAAAUCGGUGGCCUAUGUGAGGUUUUCUGCAGAGGAUGAUGCCGACAGAGCAGAAUGGGCCGGUCCUCACUACAUUGGAGGCGAUGUGGAAGUGAAACGAGUUGUUAGUCCAAAGAUGGAGGAGGAUUCGGAUGAGGAGGUGUCCUCGGUCGUUACUCGGCCUCGUCCACGGCGUUCAGUGGGCUUGGGCUACAUACUGGAAGACGCUCAGUGGUUAGAUGAUGAGUUGGAGUAAACAAAUACUCUGCAACUUUGUCUUUAGAAGUUAGAAAAUCAUAAAUGUAUACGCUCAUGAAAAUCAUCGAUAUUCUGAAAUUUUGAGGACUGAAAAGAUGACUGUAUUUAUAAAUAGCCUAUUUUUUGACUAUAUAAGUUUGUUUAUCUCUUGAACCUUAAUGUGAGUUUCUGUGAUACACAUUAUUCUGCUGAGUCUGCUAUGUUGUGCAUUAUUAUAAUAAACGGUUAUAUAUA